GAUGAAGGUUCGUUCAUCAGUCAAAAAGAUGUGUGAGUUCUGUCGCACCGUGAAGCGACGUGGGCGUGUGUAUGUCUUAUGCUCUGCUAAUCCCAAGCACAAGCAGAGACAAGGUGUGUCAACAUUUGCGUAUGAAGGUCCGGUGCCUCCAGUGUCAGGGACAAGUUCGAAACAGAUGACAUCAGUUGCUAAUGGUGCCCAGAGUGGUCUCCCAUCUCUUAUAUCCAGCAAGAACGAGACGUUACCAGCAACACCUUGGUGGAAAGUUGGUCUCGUUUCUCGUCUGUUCAAUCAGGGUGGCAAUCAGUAGAACAUAGAAGGCAAGAGGGAAAUGGAUUUUUGCUAAUGCCUAAAACCAGUUUGAUGGUCUUCAGUAUUACAGAAAGGAAUACUAUUAUGUGAAGUAUCUGUAUGGUUCUAUUCAGAUUAUUAACACUUCGAGUGGCAUCUGAGAGUGUGGUGAUGGAGAUGACUUAUCAAAUUUUUAGAGAAACUAUUAACUUGUCGUUUUCAUUUA